GCAGGGCCGUGAGGCCUGGGGGACCCCCGGCAGCUGCGGCCGAAGCGCGCGGGGUGCGGAGCGAGGGGCGGCCGGCGGGGUGGGCGCGCUCCGGGAAGGCCGCGGCCCCGCUCACCGGGCGGCGGCGGGAGAGAGGCCGGGCAGGUCGCGGUGUUCGGUGUGGAGUUGCUCAAUAGCGGCGGCGGAGGGUGCCCAGGCCGCUGCCGGGGCUCCGGAGGGUCGGGCGGCCCCGCAGUGCCCCGAGCUGAGGCGGGGCCGUGCCGAGGCCCAGAGCCGCCGCUGGAACCGGCCCCGGUGCUCGCUUCACCCUCGGGCCGGGGUGGCACAAGGAGCUGCAGUGAUUGAAGGAGUCGCCCGCUUGGUGCGUGAUCUUUUCUCCUCACUAAAAAAAGUGCUGUAAAGAGGCCCUGCAGGCCUGUGUGCUGUGUUUGUUGCAGGUGUGAGCCCGGAACGAUGGCCGCAGAGUCGCCGCGCCGCCCCAGCCGCUGCACGGGAGGAGUGGUGGUUCGCCCUCAAGCUGCCACGGAACAGUCCUACAUGGAAAGUGUUGUUACCUUCCUCCAAGAUGUUGUGCCACAGGCCUACAGUGGAACCCCACCAGAAGAGAAAGAGAAAAUUGUCUGGGUCAGAUUUGAAAAUGCAGAUUUAAAUGAUACAUCCAGGAAUAUGGAAUUCCAUGAAAUCCACAGCACUGGGAAUGAGCCCCCGUUGCUGCUGAUGAUUGGCUACAGCGAUGGGAUGCAAGUGUGGAGCAUACCUAUCAGUGGGGAGGCUCAGGAGCUGUUCUCGGUGCGCCACGGGCCGGUUCGAGCCGCUCGGAUCCUGCCAGCUCCUCAGAUCAGUGCUCAGAAAUGUGAUAGUUUUGCUGAGAAGAGGCCUCUGCUUGGCGUGUGCAAAAGCAUUGGGUCUUCUGGCACUAGCCCACCCUACUGCUGUGUGGAUCUGUAUUCCCUGAGGACAGGAGAGAUGGUCAAGUCCAUCCAGUUCAAAACUCCUAUUUAUGACCUGCAUUGCAAUAAAAGGAUCCUCGUUGUGGUCCUGCAGGAGAAAAUCGCCGCCUUCGACAGCUGCACUUUCACCAAAAAAUUCUUCGUCACCAGCUGCUAUCCUUGCCCAGGGCCAAACAUGAAUCCUAUUGCUCUUGGAAGCCGUUGGCUUGCUUAUGCAGAAAAUAAGCUGAUCCGAUGCCAUCAGUCCCGUGGUGGAGCCUGUGGAGACAACAUUCAGUCUUACACUGCCACAGUCAUUAGUGCUGCCAAAACAAUAAAGACUGGGCUGACAAUGGUGGGGAAGGUGGUGACCCAGCUGACGGGGACGCUGCCGUCGGGAGCCACCGAGGAGGAAAUCCUGGCUCACAGCAACCUCCGCAGGAGUCCCCUGGUGCCUGGCAUUGUCACCAUCAUCGACACCGAGACCGUGGCAGAGGGACAGGUGCUGGUGAGUGAGGACUCGGACAGCGAUGGCAUCGUGGCCCAUUUCCCUGCUCAUGAGAAGCCCAUUUGCUGCAUGGCCUUCAACCCCAGUGGGAUGUUGCUGGUCACCACUGACACAUUAGGCCAUGAUUUCCAUGUUUUCCAAAUCCUGACACAUCCUUGGUCAUCGUCACAAAGUGCCGUCCAUCACUUGUACACACUUCACAGGGGAGAGACCGAAGCCAAAGUACAGGAUAUCUCCUUCAGCCACGACUGCCGCUGGGUGGUGGUCAGCACACUCCGAGGCACUUCCCAUGUUUUCCCCAUCAAUCCCUACGGAGGCCAGCCCUGUGUCAGGACUCACAUGUCCCCACGGGUGGUCAAUCGCAUGAGCCGCUUCCAGAAGAGCGCGGGGCUGGAGGAGAUCGAGCAGGAGCUGACGUCGAAGCAGGGCGGACGCUGCAGCCCCGUGCCCGGCCUGUCCAGCAGCCCCUCUGGCUCACCUCUCCAUGGUAAAUUGAACAGCCAAGACACUUACAAUAACUUCACAAACAACAAUCCUGGGAAUCCUCGACUCCUGCCUCUCCCAAGUCUGACUGUGGUGUUGCCUCUUGCUCAAAUCAAGCAGCCAAUGACCUUAGGGACCAUCACCAAACGCACAGGACCUUACCUGUUUGGAGCAGGAUGUUUUUCCAUAAAAGCUCCUUGCAAAUCCAAACCAGCUCCACAGAUUUCACCCAGUAAGUCUGUGGGAGGGGAGUUUUGUGUCGCUGCAGUCUUCGGAGCUUCAAGGUCAUGGUUUGCAAACAAUUCUGGUCUCAAACGAGAAAAAGAUCAGUCCAAGCAGUUUGUGGUGGAGUCCCUGUACAUCAUCAGCUGCUACGGGAGCCUGGUGGAGCACGUCCUGGAGCCGCGGCCGCUCAGCACCGCGCCCAAGAUCAGCGACGACACCCCCCUGGAGAUGGGCACCUGCCCCAGGGCCAGCUGGACUUUGGUUAGAACUCCUCAGUGGAAUGAACUCCAACCACCAUUUAAUGCAAACCAUCCACUGCUCCUGGCUGCAGAUGCUGUGCAGUACUACCAGUAUCUUCUGGCUGGCUUGGUGCCACCUGGGAGCCCUGGGCCCAUCACCCGGCACGAGUCCUACGACAGCCUGGCCUCCGACCACAGCGGGCAGGAGGAUGAGGAGUGGCUGUCACAGGUGGAAAUUGUGACUCACACUGGGCCUCAUCGACGCCUGUGGAUGGGCCCUCAGUUCCAGUUCAAAACCAUCCACCCCUCCGGCCAAACCACCGUCAUCUCCUCCAGCUCCUCCGUGCUGCAGUCGCACGGGCCCAGCGACACCCCGCAGCCUCUGCUGGACUUUGACACAGAUGAUCUGGAUCUCAACAGCCUCAGGAUCCAGCCGGUGCGCUCGGAGCCCGUCAGCAUGCCGGGGUCACCGCGGCCCGCGGCCGACCGGCGCGGCGUCUCCACGGUCAUCGAUGCUACUUCAGGUGCCUUCGACCGGAGCGUGACCUUGCUGGAGGUGUGUGGGAGCUGGCCCGAGAACUUCGGUCUGCGCCACAUGUCCUCCAUGGAGCACAGCGAGGAGGGGCUGCGGGAGCGCCUGGCCGACGCGAUGUGCGAGUCCCCCAGCAGGGACAUGGUGGGAUCAGGAACAGACACAGCCGGUGAAGUAGCAGUAAAAAACAUCACCACAAAGAGGCACAUGGCUUUGAAAUGUUUUGAGCUUCAGCGAGAGGGAAGCAUAGAGACGCUCAGUAACAGCUCGGGCUCCACCAGCGGCAGCAUCCCCCGAAAUUUCGACGGCUACCGGUCCCCGCUCCCGACUAACGAGAACCAGCCCCUGAGCCUGUUCCCCACGGGAUUCCCCUAAAGCAGCAGCCCAGCAGGGACACAUCCAGCCAGGGUAACGAGCUGCCUCUCCCCCCAAACAAUCCCGCUGUGUCUGUCACCUGCCAGCUCCGGGGUGGUUCUCGUUACCCUGAUGAAUAUUGAUGACUCUUAAACCUCCCUGAAGCAUACUCGUGAAAUCUUGACUCUGUGUUCCUGUGCAAUACGAAGAGGCUCCAUCUUCAGUCCUGAUAGCUCUGCAGCUUCUUUUCUCGCUGUCUUCAGGAAGAGGUUGGAUGAGGAGAAAUACUCCUAAGCCAUCUUGGGUCAAGCACAAGGUUUCACAGCUGUUCUCUGCUUUUUUUUGUGCUGAGAUGAAUCUCUGUAGCUCAGAGGAGCUCUCGCCAUUGGUGAAAGUGCCGAGCAUUAAUGGAUGAACUGGAGGGACUGGAAACUGGAGGACUUUCUGUGGACAGGGUUGAUGAUGUUAUUCCUUCCUCAUCGCCUCUCCUUGCUGCCCUUCUUCCCCUCUGAUACUCAUCGAUGCCAGGAGUAUUACAAAUGGAAAUGUUUCUUUUUGUUCUUUGGAAGAAUUCUCUCUCUUGCUCCCAUUUUCUUCUAGUCAUGUAUUUUAGGAACGUACUUAAUUGACUAAUUGCAGUCAUGGAUUUCUCAUAUUUGGUUAUAAAAGUUGUUCAUUGGAACUCAGAUAUCUGUCCAGAAAUGCAUGUGUCAUUGAAUAAAUCUCAGUUAAACAAGAAACUGCUUAAAUGGCAAUGUUCAUGGAGUGUUACUGGGCUGACUGUGAGCUUUGUGUAUCACCAGACUCUGUGUGUAUUUACUGACUUGAGGGCUUUAAUUAAAGCCAUCAGUGGCUGUUAUGCAGCCAGUCUAGCAUGGUUUUACCUCCCCAUUUCCUUGUCCUCAUGUGCACAGACAGGAUUUUUAAAAACAAGGUAUUUAGGUGGUGUGCCUUGCACGCACUUGGCUCCUCUGAAAACCAACACCCAGCUCCCUGCUUUGAUUGGGACCCUGUUUCUUCAUCCCACUGAUUUCAGUGGGACAAGGACCAGGUGCAGGAGGCAGAGGCUCCCAUUUCCAUUUGUUCUGUUGUGGGAUCAUGGGUCAGAGCCUUUGCAGAACAGCCUGAACCUCUGCACCCUUCUGAACGUGCACAGUCAGAGCUAGCACUGCAUAACCCCGCUGAUAAAACAGUUCUGGGCUCACACAUCAUAACCACACAAAUUCCUACAUCUCAGCCAACUUGUGUCUAGAAGCAGAGUGAGAUGGGGCUGUCAGCUUAUGAAAUUUCCUUCCCACUACUUGUUUUUAAUAGAAGCCGUUUGAGUCAUGGCAGGGAGAGGAAACUAUCUAAAGCCACAAAUCCUACAGCUCCAGCCAGCCACACCAAGGGAUGCAGAACCAACCACCCUCUUCCUACUCCAUCCCCAAACACCCAGUUCAGUCUUGGGCUUGGUUUGGGUUAGUAUUUUUUUUUUUUUUUACUUUUGACUGUAACACAGCCACUCAGAAGGUUUUGUUUUCUUCAGGCUUGGAAACCGCUAAUAAAAAGCGAGAGUCUACAGCAAUAAUUUCAGUUUCUCGCUCGGUUUUCAGUCAGUCUCUUCUCAAGCAAAAAAAAAAUAACUUCCUUGGGAUGAAAUCAGAGGAGAGCUUUGCCUCUAAGUAAGUACUUGCAGCUCCGGCCCGCUGGCUAUAUCUGCUGUAAUGUUAUGUUCCUUUUUGUCUGUAAAAUAAAGGCUUGAAGUACAGGGUUGAGGGCAGGACUGGCACCGUGGACAAAUGGGACCGCAGGGUCAAGUCAGUCCACACCAGUCAGGGUUUUUAACACAGUUCAAGCCAAGGUCAGCUCCAAAAGUUCAAACAAAAUCCAGAUUAACACAUACAGAAGGGAUUGUGUUGUCACCGUGAUGCUUGUUUCCUUUCAGGCUUUCCAAGGAGCGGGGAAAGGGACAAAGUUCUCCUGGAGGAAGGAAGGAGGCUCCUCUCCCUCCUGCCUGGGACAGCCUGGCUGCUUCUGGCUGAGCACACAAAGUGGGAUAGCACAUAACACAGAGUGGUGUCAUUGCAAAUGUAUUUGUUGUUGGCAGGCAUUAAAUCACUUUUUAUAAGUGCUGCAAUAUGGCCAUGUGGAAAUUCCCAGUCUGCAAGAAGCUCCUUUGAAUCAGGAUGUUUUGUUUAAAGUGGGGGGGAAGAGAUUCAAAAAAACCCUACAAACUGGGGCUGUACCAAAAUAUUUUCAGUCUGGUUCAUUGAAAAGAAUGUCCUAAAUUCUCUGCUGUUGAUAGCCCUGUAGCCAAACUGUUAAGAAA